CUGCUUGGUCAUUUGAAACGGCAGUCUCUGCCUCCUCUCGGACCGUAUGUGUGUGCGAGUGCGUGCAUGUGUGUGUCCGUCCUCAGGGAGGAGGGAGUCUAACAGGCUGUUGGAGAUCAAAGAAGAGACGUUUCAUUUGGAUCAAGGACGAAGCUUGAACAGUGCUUUGGGAUUUCUGAACGGAGGGGAAGACGCUGAGGAGAGAAGUAGGGAGCGUACGGCCACGGGAACGGGAAACUAUUGUACAGUGUCCUGUGAAAGAGUAUACAAUACAUUUCUUGAGCGUUAACUAAACAUUGCCUGGACAAUUUUGGUGGUGUUAUAGAGCGUGACGAUUGCCUUUAGGGUUUCGGCACGCUACUUGAACAUUACUUAAACGCUUGUUUGCAGUAUAGACAUCAUGGCUGUGCAACUGAUGCCCGAAUCUGCCGUCUGCCUGCUUAUGAUGACGGAAGGGCGGAGAUGUCAGGUCCAUCUCCUGGAUGACAGGAAAUUGGAGCUCCUGGUACAGCCCAAGCUAAUGGCGAAGGAUCUUCUAGACCUGGUGGCGUCCCAUUUCAACCUGAAGGAGAAGGAAUAUUUUGGAAUCUCUUACGUAGAUGAGACGGGUCAUUUCAGCUGGUUGCAGUUAGAUCGUCGUGUGCUGGAACAUGAGUUUCCCAAGAAAUCUGGACCCAUUGUGCUGUACUUCUGCGUAAGGUUCUACAUUGAAAGCAUCUCUUACCUUAAGGACAAUGCCACAAUAGAGCUGUUCUUCCUCAAUGCAAAGUCCUGCAUCUAUAAGGAGCUCAUAGAGGUGGACAGUGAGGUGGUGUUUGAACUGGCCUCCUACAUCUUACAGGAAGGUAAAGGAGACUUCACGAGUAAUGAUGUUACUAGGGCUGAUCUGAAGAAACUGCCUGCACUUCCUACACAAGCACUGAAGGAGCACCCUUCGCUCGCAUAUUGUGAGGACCGGGUCAUUGAGCACUAUAAGAAGCUAAGCGGACAGUCCAGAGGCCAGGCUAUCGUCAAUUAUAUGAGUGUAGUGGAGUCAUUGCCCACAUAUGGAGUGCAUUAUUACGCUGUUAAGGAUAAGCAAGGUAUCCCAUGGUGGCUGGGUUUGAGUUAUAAAGGCAUUUUUCAAUAUGACUACCAGGACAAAGUCAAACCAAGAAAGGUGUUCCAAUGGAGACAAUUGGAGAAUCUGUACUUCAGGGAGAAGAAGUUCUCAGUGGAAGUUCAUGACCCAAGAAGCAGGGCGUCGGUAACGCGGAGGACAUUUGGUCACAGUGGCAUCGCCGUGCACACCUGGUACGCCUGUCCCACCCUCAUCAAAUCCAUCUGGGCCAUGGCCAUCAGCCAACACCAGUUCUACCUGGACCGCAAACAGAGCAAAAGUAAGAUCCACGCAGCGCGCAGUCUGAACGAGAUAGCCAUAGACCUGACAGAAACAGGAACCCUCAAGACCUCCAAACUGGCCAACAUGGGCAGCAAAGGCAAAAUCAUCAGCGGGAGCAGCGGGAGCCUACUGUCCUCAGGCUCUCAAGAGUCGGACAGCUCCCAGACCGCUAAGAAGGACAUGUUGGCGGCUCUGAGGGCCAGACAGGAAGCUCUGGAGGAGACGCUCAGACAGAGAAUAGAGGAACUCAAGAGCAUCUGCAUCAGAGAAGCGGAGCUGACAGGAAAACUUCCAAAAGAGUACCCUCUGGACCCCGGCGAGGAGCCGCCCACCGUCAGACGCAAAAUCGGCACAGCCUUCAAAUUGGAUGAGCAGAAGAUCCUGCCCAAAGGAGAGGAAGAGGAAUUGGAGCGUUUGGAAAGGGAAUUUGCCAUCCAGUCUCAGAUAACAGAGGCGGCGCGGCGGUUAGCAUCGGAUCCUCACAUCAGCAGCAAGAAGCUGAAGAAACAGAGGAAGACGUCGUAUCUGAAUGCCCUGAAGAAGCUGCAAGACAUCGAGAACGGCAUCAACGAGCACCGCGUUCGCUCCGGGAAGAAACCCACGCAACGUGCCUCUCUCAUCAUAGAGGAAGCAAAUAUCGGCUCAGAGGACAGCUCGUUGUCUGACGCACUGGUGCUGGAUGAUGAUGACUCCCAGGUGACAGGAACCCCCACGUUCUCUCCAGCUGCCUCCCCACACAAAGGUCUCCCUCCCCGACCCAAGUCCCACAGCCGGCCACCUCCCCCCCAGUCCCUGGACGGAUUGAGACACCUGCACUACCAGCGCAGUGACUACGACAAGUCCCCGAUCAAACCCCGCAUGUGGAGCGAAAGCUCAUUAGACGAACCCUACGAACGGGUGAAGAAACGAUCCUCGCACUCCAGUAGUCACAGGCGGUUCCCCAGCACAGGCAGCUGUGAGGCGGGAGGGAGCAACUCUCUCCAGAACAGCCCGGUGCGCUCCCUCCCUCACUGGAACAGUCAGUCCAGCAUGCCCUCCACCCCUGACCUGAGGACACGGAGCUACGUCCACUCAGCCAGUUUAACUCAGCCCUUCCGUGGCCGGAGUUCCAGUUUGGAGUCUCAGGGGAAGCUGCUGUCCUUAGAGGCAAACACAGAGGCAGGACUUUGCCCUGACCUCUUUCUGUCAGGACCCCAGAGGACAGGAAGCAAUGGCUCUGUUGUCCCAGACGACUGCUCAUCUUGCACCAGCCACUCCAGCUCAGAACAUUAUUACCCCUCGUCCACCUCUAACCCCAACUACUGUACGCUGGCCGAGGACUCGCCAUCCAAAGCCCGUCAGCGGCAGCGGCAGCGCCACAAGUCCGCCGGACACCUGGGUGCGUCCAGUUCCGGCAGCAUGCCCAAUCUAGCGGCCCGUAACGGUAGCACCCACGGAGGAGUGUGCGGUAGCCACCAGGGUGUGUACCUCCACAGCCAGAGCCAGCCAUCCUCGCAGUACCGUAUCAAAGAGUACCCGCUGUACACAGAGGGCAGCAGCCCCAAUGCCGUGGUAGUCCGCAGCCUGGAAAAUGACCAGGAGGGGCACUACAGCGUCAAGGCACAGUUCAAAACCUCCAACUCUUACACAGCUGGGGGGCUUUAUAAGGAGGGGUGGGGCUCCGGGGAGGACGGGGAAGCGGGUGGCGGCAGCGGGAGGUUGACGCCCUCCCGCUCGCAGAUUGUGAGGACUCCGUCUCUGGGCAGGGAAGGAGGAGGAGGAGGGGGGCGGGCAGCGGUGUCAGAGGAGCUGAGGUGCUGGUACCAGCGCUCGUCUGGAUCGAUAAAGGAGCACAGCCGCGUCACACACACCAGCUCCAACGCUUCAGAUGGCCGUGGAGGACGAAUAGGGUCGCUAGUGAAGGGGUCACCAGCUGCAUCUCCACACAGUCAGAGGAGUGGAACUCCCUGUAGUGAGCCUGCAGCUACACCCCCCUGCAGCCCACAACACAUACUCAAUUGGCAGAGCGGAUCGCCGUUCGCCGAUAGUUGUUUCCUGAGCAGUCCCCUGUGCUCUGAGAUAGCGGACGUACAGUGGUACGGGCACGAGAAGGCAAAGCCGGGAACGCUCGUCUAAACCAUCAUCCCUCAUCCCUCUCUCUUUAAAAGAGUGUUCAGAAGGUAGGCCUGACCACAGUCUGGACCUCAACUCAUCCGAACACACUUCUGGCUGGAGCCAGUACCACCUCAACCUCUCUUUCAUCUCUGUCUCUCUGUAUACCCGGCGGUACAGUGUUUAUGAACUAUGGGAAUACAAGACUCUGAAUGAACUGAGCUUGACCUUGUCUGACCCUCCCACUCAGACUUUUGAACUUUGACCCAGUUAGCUGGCAGCCGGUUCCUCCAUAUGCACAAACCCUCUGUGUUUAUUCCAUCGCUGGAGUGAUGUGCAUAAGAGAAACGUCUUCUAUGCGUUGUACUAUAAGUGAAUCCCACUCAUGCGCACACACACACAUGCUCAAAUAGACAUUCGUCCCCUGCUGUCGUGUGUGUCCCUCUACACUAAUGUCAGAGAGCCGGCGUCGUUCUCUCUCAUGCACAUGACACGCACAAAAACAUUCCGAUGCAUUGCUUUGUUGUCAACCAUCUUUGUAGAUCUCAGUUCUGUUAAAAAAAAAAAACAAUAUGUGACCACAAACCCCUCUUUCAUUACCCAUCUCAUUUGGACCAGCAGCACACCAUAAGCCCCUCCCUCUGUCUGUGGACUUUGAUAUUUUGUGAAUAACAAUAGAGCAUUUAAAAUGGAAGAAGCCUGUCUUCGGUCAUUCUGGAUUGGAAAACGAGCCCCGAUAUCAUAUCGCUCAAGAUGGUGAUGACACAAGCGUUACAAACAACUACAUAAUUUCAAGGAAAUUCAAAAACAUUGUGGUCUUUGUACG